AUGGCGGAGCUCGCGUGGCUGCUCCUGACGCUCGUGCUGUCCACGGGCUGCACGUGCCAGCACUUCCUGCUGCUGCGCCCGGUGCCCGGUGACAGUCUCCCGGUCGUGGAGCUCCAGGAGGACCCGGACCCGCUGCUGGACCCCACGGAGAAAGACCUGAACGAGACGGCGCUGCGGGGCGCGCUGGGCGCCCACUUUGACGCGCGCGUCAUGUCCGUGCACGAGCCGGGCGGCGACGACGACGACGCGGACGCGGACGCGGAGGCGGACGCGCGCAUCAUGCCCGAGGAGAUCCGGGCCAUGGAGUUCGAGGCGCCGCGCGGCAAGAGGCGGAAGCCGAGCAAGAAGCUGCGGCGGCGGCUGCAGGUGUGGCUGUGGACGCUCGCCCGCUGCCCGGUGACGCGCGCCUGGAGCGACCUGGGCGGCCGCUUCUGGCCGCGCUACGUCAAGGCGGGCGGCUGCUCCAGAGAGCGCUCCUGUUCGAUGCCGGAGGGCAUGCACUGCAGGCCGGCGCGCUCCUCGCACCUCACCCUGCUCAGGUGGCGCUGCCUGCACCGGAAGGCGGUGCUCAGGUGCGCGUGGAUCCCGGUCCGAUACCCCGUCGUCUCCGAGUGCAAGUGCGCAUGCGCCAACUGAAAACGCGCGCUCGCGGGGACGGCUCGAGACUUUCGUCAAAGUGACACAAAAGUCUUUUCGAUGAGGCACUUCCGGACAGAGUUUGCCAAAAUAAAAGCGCAGCCUUUCAGUGUAAAAACUGACCGAUAGUCAUACUUGCCAACCCUCCCAGAUUUUCCGGGAGACUCCCGAAAUUCAGCGCCUCUCCCGAAAACCUCCCGGGACAAAUUUUCUCCCGAAAAACUCCCGAAAUUCAGGCGGACCUGAGUGACGUGUUGACAACACACAACAACAGUGUCUACCGUAAAGCAGUUCGUCUGCCGUAAACAGCAAUGUUGUGACACUUUUAAACAGGACAAUACUGCCAUCUACUGUACAUGCAUAUGUGACCCACCCAUAAUGUGUCACAUUUUUGUGUUGAUUUAUUUAGUUUAUUUUGUGGUUUGAAUUCGUUUUGGGAGCUGUCAUUACACAUUUAUCAGUAUUCACAUUGGUCAGUAGGGGGCAGUAGGGCGUUUCUUCCCGAUUGAAUGCUAUCGCCUGCAGACCGGAAGUGUCUUGUCAUUCUGAUGAGCGCGACCAGUCUGUGAACAAUUGAAACGUCCUGUGUGCUUUUUUCCUCCUGUAUAACAGGUUAGUUUUGGUGAAUCAACUCACUGAAUAAUAUCCAUGUGAUCUUUAUAAGUUUAAGUACACAUUCUGAUGGUGGAGCCUAACUCUAAAGUGUUUGUGAGUUG